AUGACUUCCCGCUCGACCUGGAUUGAACGAGACUCCCACGGCCGUCCGUACUUCGUUCGAAGCAAACCCAGACGGCUUUCGACCCGUCAACUCUUGGUUCAGGCAUUGCUUUCCUGGAAAGAGCGCUCAUUGUUUUCUCUCAGGGAUUCGCGUCAAAACCAUCAUAUCCAGUACCAUCCUGGCGGAAAGCCGCCCGAGCUGCCUGCGCCCGCCUCCAAUAGUCCUCAAUCUCCGCAGACAUCCGAUCGUCCGCCAACACCUAGCCCUCCGCAAAUGGCUCCUACUUCACAAGGCCAGCCACAACCUGUCAACAUGUACUUGGUGCCACCGCAGCAGCAGAACCCAGAACCACCAAGCUCCUACGUCCAGAACAGCAAUGCUGCAAAUCAAAACCGCCCUCCCUUUCAACCACCAUUCAUGCCAUAUGUGCCCCCUCCUAUGCAUCUCUUGCCUCCACAUAUACCGCCAGCUUUUCCGGGGCCGCCGUUUCAACAGCCGAUGCCGUUCCCUAUGCAGCCGGCGCCGUUUCAUCCACCUCAUGCUGGGCCUCCUAGCGUAGUCCCGCUAGAGGUUCCUGAACAACGAUUUGCCACAUUUCCCAAUCCAUCAGAUUUGAGCACCCCAUUCGACCGGGUCAACUCCCUACCAAGACUGUCUGUCGGAAGUGUCGAGAACGAGCUACUGAUUCUGAGGACGAGAGCAGCUCCAGCUCGCAAUCACCCAAACGACGAUACCGGUCACAUGGACGAAGAUCCAGAAAUCGAUCCAGACACCGGCAAAAGAGACACAACUCCCGGAGGAGAGCUCGGUCAGUGGAACAACUCAUUAUUUACGACGAUGACCGUUCAAGAAGACGAGUCAGGGAUGCAGACUUUUACAGUGACGACGAAGAGCACGAAAGUCCAAGAGGUGUACGAGCUUCAUCAAGGCCUCUGCCGCAGAGCAUGCGCCAGCGCCGUCGAGAACAUGCCCGCACGGACUUUCCAGCAGCUCAGCCCACGACAUAUGCUGGUGAAGAGGAGCAUCACGUUCGACAUGCCCCAUAUCAACCUAACCCACGACCAUACUCUCCACAACAAGGGCCAACUAACCAUGCACACUUUCAGGCUUAUCGACGUCCUGGAUAUGAUGGAGAAUUCGAUGACGACGACGGAGACCACGGACGCUCUUACAGACGUAUGCGAUCGCGAUCCAAUUCAAGGCAACAAAACAUAGAAGAGGGGACUUGUCAUAGUACAGCUGUGAUACCACAUCCGGACGAACGUGGCCGAAGACAUAGGAAGACCAGUCCAGAACAGCACGACCAUGGAUGGGUGCAUGCGCCGCGCCCACCACCAAUUCGUUCGUCUUCGCUCGGGUCUUUGGAAGGGCCUGAUGUGGGUGGUGGCUUGCGCCACGAUGUCUCUCUUGGGAAGGUACGACGCCGGCGAUCGAGAUCUCGACCGACAGCCCGCGAAAUGGGCGAGUCAAGCAUGAUAAGCCCCGGAGAUGCAUUCACGCUCAUUGAGAGGCACGCAGAUCGACCCACUCCUGAGGAAUAUGAGCAGUAUGAUAGCGAAGGGAUGAGAGUCCGGGUACGCGAGUUUUGAUGGUGCAUAGUGACAGCUGUCACGACGCGGAGUGCAGACUCUUGCUGUGACUACUUGAUGGGUGGCAGGGUUGUCGAGCACCCAGCAACGUCUGCAAUGCGCAGGGGCUCAGCAGCGAAAUGGUGGUCUGACAUGUUGCUUCGUGGAAACCACCAUAAUCGAC